UCAAAAAAGGAGGACUGCGGUGACAUACUGAUUUGGGUGAGGAGCAUGGCAAAUCACAUGUACUGGGUAGCAUUUUCAACUCCAGAUGGUAAUGGUGAGGUAAUGAUUGCGAAGCGGAUGUCCCUCAUCAAUCACGUGCAGGACCAACAUCAUCACCCUGGUACCAUAUUCCCAAAAUGUCUACAUGAAAAACUGGCUAUAGCUGAACGAAGGAAAACGAAGUGGAUAAAACGAGGUUCUGAAGCCACCGAGAAGCUUACUCAGCUAAUAGAGAGUACACGCCUCCUAAACUCUAUUAAGAGGCUCAGUCUGAUGCACCAGACUUCAAAUGUUGAAGCAUUUCAUUUGUUCAUCCUUCACUUCUGUCCGAAAAGGCUUGCUUUCAGCUACAAGGGCAUGCUAUGCAGGCUACAACUGAGUGCACUCCAUUUCAAUGAAAACAGUGCUAGAGCUCUAGCUACAGACUCCACUGGGUCAACAGCACUAACUGUCAGGUUUCCAAAGUCGAAGCAGGGGAGAUACUCUGUGAAUACGAAGAAAACUCCAUGAACACAUGGCUACGUAAGUAGACUCGUGGAAUUACUCACUGAAGAAGUGGUGAUAAAUCCCCAACCGUUUUCGGAUAAGCUUGCUUCAGUUACAGACCCAUUGCCAUUGGCCUCGCAGUACGAGAGACCAAGUAAGGAACACGCCAUUGCCAAUUUCAGCCGCUACAACAAAUUGGAGUAAAUCCGUGUUUUCCUUCGAUGUCAAUGAAUGCAUGGCUGCUCAGUAUAGUGCUAUAUUGUAAGGGACAUGAAAUUUGGAGUCACCCUAAUUUAGUUUCAAGGAUUCACAGUUUGGUCUGCAAUUUUUCACCAUUACUUGAGAACUCAGGAGCGUUUCUUAGGGUGGCCCUGAUA